AUGGGAGGUAACUAUUCAGCUAUGGACCCGAUGGAAGUACCCGUGCCCGAUAUAGCAAAAUUAUUCGAACGCGAUGGUUACUUGAAGCCAUACGAAAAGGAAAUACGUCGCAGAUAUGGCUGCUACAAAGACCUCUGGGACAGGAUAGAGUCCUGGGAAGGAGGUUUCGAUGGGUUCACAAAGGGCUACAAAUACUUCGGGCCACAGUUCAACUCCGAUGGCUCCGUCACUUGGCGGGAAUGGGCCCCGGGAGCACACAGUCUACAUUUACAAGGAGAAUUUAAUGGCUGGAACUCAAAAAGUGAUCCAUUCAAGAAAUUAGAGUUCGGUAAAUGGGAGCUAACUAUACCAGCGAACCAAGAUGGGUCGUGUGCCCUCAAACACGACUCCCGAGUGCAGCUCAUAGUCAAUGACAACUUGUACAGACUGUCGCCUUGGGCCAACUAUGUCAAGCCGUUUGAAGGGUUCACAUACCAACAGUUUAUAUACAGACCUGAUCAGCCGUAUCAAUUCAAGCAUCAGAAAGUACCGAAGCCCAAAUCUCCCCGUAUAUACGAGUGCCACGUGGGUAUCGCUACCCCGGAGGGCAAGGUCGGCUCAUACAAUGAAUUUAGAGAUAAUGUUCUGCCUAGGAUUAAGAAUCAGGGUUACAAUGCAAUACAACUGAUGGCCAUAAUGGAGCACGCGUACUACGCCUCCUUUGGAUACCAGGUCACAAGCUUCUAUGCAGCAAGCAGUCGUUACGGCACCCCCUGUGAGCUGAAGCAGUUGAUCGACCGAGCCCACGAGCUGGGGCUGUACGUACUCCUGGACGUGGUACACUCGCACGCCUCCAAGAACACACUCGACGGACUCAACGAGUUCGACGGCACCAACUCUUGCUACUUCCACGAUGGACCCAGAGGAACUCAUCAGUUAUGGGACAGCAGGCUGUUCAAUUAUUCUGAGACUGAAGUGCUAAGGUUCCUGCUCUCAAACCUGAGGUGGUACCAAGAAGAAUAUCAGUUUGAUGGAUUCAGGUUCGAUGGUGUCACCUCAAUGCUGUAUCACUCGCGUGGUAUCGGCGAGGGUUUCUCCGGCCACUACGACGAGUACUACGGCCUCAAUGUGGACACCGAGGCUCUGGUGUACCUGAUGCUAGCCAACGAGAUGGUGCAUAAGAUCGAUGGCAGGGCACUCACUAUUGCUGAGGAUGUAUCAGGCAUGCCAGCAUCUUGCAGACCAGUGAACGAAGGCGGCACUGGUUUCGAUUACCGGCUGGGUAUGGCUAUACCUGACAUGUGGAUCAAACUGCUCAAGGAGGAAAAGGAUGAGGAUUGGAAGAUGGGUCACAUCGUGCACACUCUAACUAACAGGAGGUGGAUGGAAGGCACCGUGGCCUACGCUGAGAGUCAUGACCAGGCGCUGGUAGGCGACAAAACAAUAGCAUUCUGGCUAAUGGACGCCAGUAUGUACACCCACAUGUCGACACUGAGCGAGCCCAGCGCCGUCAUAGAGCGCGGCCUCGCGCUGCACUGCAUUAUACGACUCAUCACGCACGCGCUCGGCGGGGAGGCGUACCUCAACUUUAUUGGUAACGAGUUCGGUCACCCCGAGUGGUUGGACUUCCCCCGCGCCGGCAACAACUCGUCCUACCACUACGCGCGCAGACAGUGGAACCUCGUGGACGACCACCUACUCAAGUACAAGUUCCUCAACGCCUUCGAUAAAGACAUGAACGAACUUGAAAAUAAAUAUGGAUGGCUUAGCGCAGCACCGGCGUACGUGUCGUGUAAGCACGAGGGAGACAAGGUGAUAUCAGCGGAGCGCGCGGGGCUACUGUUCGUGUUCAACUUCCACCCCUACCAGAGCUUCACUGACUACAGGGUCGGCGUCGACGUGCCCGGCAAAUAUCAGGUGGUACUAUGCUCAGACAGCAAGAAAUACGGUGGCUUCGGUCGCGUAGAGCCAUUCGGAGACUUCCACUUCACGCAGGAACACCCGUGGGGCAACCGAAGCGAUUCAAUACAGGUAUACAUCCCCUGCCGCACAGCUAUUGUCUACGCUAGAGUGGAUUAG